CUCGCCAAGUGCGCGCACGGAAGAAUGAGCGCGCAGAAGCCGACUAUGGCUGAAAUGGUAUCAGACAGUGUCGGGGAUAAGAGUGUUUCCAUUUCAGAGUCAGACCCUCCAAAGCAACAUCCUCGCAAACGCCGACGCAUCAUCGACGCCUCGUCCAUCACGAACGUGCCUGUUUACUCCAACAAGGUUAACAGCUCGUUAAAUCUGAAGCCAAUAACCUUCAAAAACACCAGACUCACAGAUGAGGAAAAGGGUGGCCCUCUUUGGUCUCCUUCCCCACCCCGUGCAGUGAAACGGCCAAUCAGCAUUGAUCUGAGUGGCUCAGAGGAGGAGCCAGAACAGAGUGAAGCUCAAGAAAUUCUUCGUUCUCCCUCUCCACCCCCACCACCAUGUAGUCCACCAGUGAAACAGAGCAGACGAGCAAACCAAAAACUACGAGAAAUCAACAGGAAAUUGGAUGCGAUCGGCUCUCUUGUGUGUCUGUCCCCUGAGCAUCUAGAACCUGUCAGUGAAUACAGAAACUCUCCAUCUCCUGUGAAUGACUAUGAUGAUGAUGACGACAUCAUCAUCAUUUCUUCUGACAGCAAACAGAAAAGACGUACCCUGAAUACUGAGGGCAGAGACUCUGCGCGAGAAAUUUCACUAAAGUUUCGCUGCAGAACAGAGUUGUACAAAAUCCCAAUACUCUCUACGGCUCCUUUGAGUAAAGCCGUAGAACAGCUGGCCAUCAAACUCAAUGUCACAAGCAGCCAAAUUCUGUUAUUAAAGAAAGAUAUAGAUCUCCCUAUUCACUCGUCUGUCAGUGAGCUGGGUCUUGGCAUAGCUGACAUUAUAGAUUGUGUAGUAACAGAGAAUAAACAAGAAGUGAGUGACAAACGUAAUCUUAUUACUGUGCGACUGCAAGGGAAAGAGAAAGCGUCUGUGCAGGAGUAUUCCCUACAAAAGGAUGCUCCUCUAGGGUCCAUCCUCUCUCGGUAUGUCUCUGGUAUGGCUGCCAGUGCUAAAAGGAGGGCUAAAUUUCUCUUUGAUGGGUCAAGGGUCACACAUGAUCAGACUCCAGCUGACCUGGACAUGGAGGACGGUGACGUCAUUGAAGUCUGGAUCUAAACGACGGACACUAUUGAUGUUGUUGGGAGUUCUGUACUUUUUCAACACCAUGUUCUGUAUGCAAGGAGGAAGAAAAAGAUUUGUAAAGGAUGUCUGACAUUUGUUUAAACCAGGGGUAGGCAGCAUCAGUCUCGGAGAGCCUUGGAGCUAGAGUUUAGCUCCAACCCUGAAAAAAACUCACCUGCCUGUAGCUUUAUUGACUAGCUGGUUCAGGAGUUUGAUUAGGGUUGGAGCUAAACUGCAGGACAGUGUCUCUUCGGGACCGACGUUGCCUACCCCUGGUUUAGACCUUCACUUGUGCUGAAAAACAGACCACAGACAAGUGGGGGUUUUUUAGGUUUCAUUAACAGCAUACAUUUGACUUAUGUUUGAGGACAUGCAAAAACAAUAUAAAAACUGUUUAACAUUGUGUAAAUACACCAGAAUUAUUUAAAAUUAAUUUUUUGAUGAAAAAAAUUGAUUGAAUGGAAUAUAAUAAAAUGAUAAAUUUGUAA